AUGCCUUCAAUUAGCCUGGCAACGGCCGUCGCCACGAUCGCCACCCUCGCAAAUGCGUCUUCAGUGCUGCUUCGUGGCGGUACGAUCAUUGGCUUCGACGAGUCAACAAAUUCCCUCAACGUUAUCCGCAACGGCUCGCUUCUCAUCACCGACGACCGUAUCACUUCCAUCUACACUGCGGAUCAGUCCUUGCCGCAGACCUCCAACGACACGGAAGUCAUCGAUGUGGCGAACAAGAUCAUCACACCAGGCUUCGUCGAUACCCACCGCCACGGUUGGCAAACAGCUUUCAGGACCAUCGCCUCGAAUACCUCACUUGCCGAAUACUUCACCCGCUAUGGCGAAUUUGCUGCUGCGGGCUUGCUGAGUGCCGAUGAUGUCUACAUUGGUCAGCUCGCAGGACUCUUUGAGGCCCUGAACGCCGGUGUCACGACGACGCUGGAUCAUGCCCACCACACUUGGUCUGAUGAGACUUCAGAGGCAGGUCUGAAAGGUAGCAUUGACAGCGGCGCGAGAGUCUUCUGGUCGUACGCCUUUCACAACGUCACCAACUACACCAUCUCGGAACAGCUAGAAAACUUCAAGGAUAUCGCGACCAAGGCCGAGUUCGAUGGUACUCCCACAACUUUGGGAGUCGCCUGCGACUUCUUCGGGACCGACGGUGUUCUCGCAGAUGUCAAUGCGGUGGUUGAUCUUGCCAAAGAGUUCAAUGUCUCUGUGAUCACGACUCACAGCCUACAAGGCCCGUGGGGCAACACCAACAGCCCCGAGGACGUCCAUGCUGUUGGAGCAUUAAAUACCAGCAUUCCAGUUGUCUUUUCUCAUGCAUCCUUUCUGACCUACAAGGGCGCAUCUCUCCUCCGCUCCACAAAUCAGUAUAUCUCCAUCACUCCAGAGUCAGAGAUGCAUUACGGCCACACGCAUCCUCACAGCCAUCUGAUCCAGGACCAAGGUUCCCUCGGUGUCGACACUCACUUCACUUUCUCAACCGACAUCCUUACUCAAGCCCGUCUCUGGCUCCAGAGCACCCGCCGCCUUCUUUACCAACAAGUCCUCGCAAACUGGCGCGUGCCCACCAGCACGCCCAUGACCGUGAACCAAGCAUUCCUCCUCGCCACGAGAAACGGCGGGCUUGCCCUCCGCCGCCCUGACCUGGGCGUCAUAACCGAGGGCGCGAAAGCCGACGUCGUGGUCUGGGAUGGUGAGAGUCCCGCUCUCCUCGGCUGGGUUGACCCCGUUGCUGCUGUAAUACUACACGCUAGCGUGGCCGAUGUCGAGCACGUCUUGGUGGACGGGAAGUUUGUCAAGAAAGACCACAAGUUGACGGUACCUGACUACGCAGACGUCAAGACGCGGUUCCUGGAGAGCGCAAGGAAGAUCCAGCAGACUUGGAGGGAUAUCCCAUUCUUCGCUCUCGAAGGAGAGUUCAGUAGUUCUGAAGCUCCCUAUGAAGCGCCUCUGUCUGUCGAUGUUCUAGCUGGAGGUGAAAGUGGAUACGGAACCACGUUUGUUUGA